AUGCUCCCUCCAUUGGACUCCUUCCUCCAACAGCAUCUCAAGCUUAGAGAAAUAACAGCCAACAUGCAAAACCAGCAGCCCCUAGUCUCCCCUCCUCCUCCAUAUACCACAACCCGGCAAUACAAUCUAGUAUCCGAAGACAUCUACCCCGACAAUGAAAUAGACACAAACACCGACGACGAAGACAUCUGGGACAACACGAUCCCAACUCCGACCACAAUCAAUAUCGACGCAUCUAUCAGCAUAAAAGGGGAUAACAACACGAUAAUAAUUACCUCUGGGUCCUCAUCUGUUCCAGGGCCGUCAAUGACAUCCUCUCCGCCAUCGACAUCUACUUUACAGGCAGCACAGAAACAUCGACAGAAUAGGGUAACCGAAAUGGCGACGUCAAUUAUCGAAGCGCUGAAAGAGUCAAGGACAAGUGGGAAAGGGCCGAUUGAGGUCAAUAUCAGCACGGGAAUGAAGGUCGAGGGGAGUAGGAACGUGAUUUCUGCUGGGGCUGGUGGGGGUGCGUGUCGUAUACUGCCUAGGGCAAAGAGGGAUGGGUCGAGCCACGAUGGUGAUGAGGCUGGAUUGAGCUUGAAGAGAAAGAGGCGGGCUCAAUCGGAGCCUGUCGAAAAUAUGCCUAAGAUGAAGAAAGAGUGCUCGCCAUCGUUGCGCGCGAAGUGA